CCAUGUUUUGCGCAAAGGUGAGAUUUCCCAUGACCCAAGUGGAGCGGCAAGCGGCAAAAGAAAUUUUUGCUUCAGCAACCUCCCCGUUUGUGGGAGGUACCAUUGGAGCUAUCGAUUGCACGCACGUGUCAAUUUUGGCCCCGAAACGUCAUGAAGAAGCGUAUGUCAACCACCACGGCUACCAUUCGCUUAAUGUCCAAAUGAUAUGUGAUCCUACACUUAAAAUUUUAAACGUAAAUGCCAAAUUUCCGGGAGCACGGCACGAUUCAUACAUUUGGAGUUCCUCUGCGGUGCGAAUGGUUAUGCAACGGAAUUUUGAAAUUGGAAACCAUAACUUGUUUUUGAUUGGUGAUUCCGGGUACCCUUUGGAGCCUUGGCUGAUGACUCCUCUAACAAACCAACCGGAAGGUACUCCGAAAUUCUUGUACAAUGAGGCAUUGUGCAAAGCUCGUAACCCAGUUGAGAGACUUUUUGGUGUUCUUAAGGCAACGUGGCGGUGCUUGUCUCAACAAAGGACACUCUUGUACGAUCCAGGAUUUACUGGACAAGUAGUUAACGCGUGCUCAGUUUUACAUAAUAUUCGUUUAAGAGAAGGAAUAUACCAGACCGAAAAUGAAUUCACAGAGCCCAGAACAAACGACAUUUUUGUAAACCAAGAUGCACCAUCCUCAACAGCAAAGCGCAUCCAAGACCGACUGAUUGCUAAUUUUUUUACUUAAAUACUAUUUUCACUCAUAAUCAUUCCGCAUACAUAUCUAUGUGAACACUCGGGUAUAAAAAGUUAAAACAUUUUCAUAUUUAUUGUUAAAACAUUUUCAUAUUUAUUGUUAAAA